UCGGCAAGUGGGUCUUCGAGGAAGCCGGCCCGACCGAGUAUUACCAUGGGAAGAAGAAUUCAUCAUCCCCCGAGUACUUCAUCAUCCACCACCCACCAUGACAUCGAACACAGUCUCCUCUCCCAACCACCAAGCCGCCCAAGCAGCCCUCGGCGCCGCCAAAGCACGCUUCAUCGCCAACAACCCACUCUCCAAAGCCCAGCAUGAGCUCGCCGCCGGCGCACUCCCAGGCGGUAACACCCGCAGCAUCCUACACACCUCCCCCUUCCCCCUCGCCAUGAAGCAAGGCAAAGACUCGUACGUCUGGGACCUCGACAACCACAAAUACGUCGACUUCGUCGGCGAGCUCUCCGCCGGCCUACUCGGCCACUCCCACCCCGCCAUCUACCGCACCAUCCACCACACCCUCACCGAAACAGGCCUCUCCCUCGGCGCCACCACCACCCACGAACACGCCUACGCCGAACUGCUCUGCGCCCGCUUCCGUCUCGACCGCGUGCGCAUGGCCAACUCGGGCACCGAAGCCAACCUGCACGCGCUGGCCGCCGCGCGCCACCACACGGGCCGGCGGCGGGUCGUGGUGUUCUCGGGGGCUUACCACGGCGCGGUGCUCUCGUUUGGGGACGGGGUGGCGGCACCGAAUACGGUGGAUAGGGAGGAGUUUGUGGUGGUGCCGCGGUAUAAUGACCUGGAGAUGGCGCGGCGGGUGAUUGCGGGGGUGGAGGAUCUGGCGGCGGUGUUGGUGGAGCCGGUGCAGGGGGCGGGGGGGUGUAUUGUCGGGGGGAGGGAGUUUUUGGUGGGGGUGAGGGAGGCGGCGCGGGAGAAGGGGGCGGUGUUUAUUCUGGACGAGGUCAUGACGUCGCGGUUGGCGCCGAGGGGGUUGGGGGUGGAGAUGGGGCUGGAGCCGGAUUUGGUGACGCUGGGGAAGUAUCUGGGUGGGGGGUUGGCGUUUGGCGCGUUUGGUGGGAGGGAGGAGGUCAUGCGUGUCUAUGACCCGCGCGUGGCGGGCAGUUUACCACACUCGGGCACGUUUAAUAACAACACGCUGGUGAUGGCCGUUGGGAAGACGGCGCUGGGGGAGGUGUAUACGCCGGAGGUGUGUGUGGAGUUUAAUAAGAAGGGGGAUCGGUUCAGGGACAGGUUGAGGGAGGUGGCGAACGGGUCGAGGUUGAGUGUUACUGGGAAGGGCUCGUUGAUUGGGUUGCACUUUACGGAGGAUGGUAUGCAGGAGAUUACAUGUGGAGAGGACGUGAAGGAGAAAGCGAGGCCGGAUUUAAGGGAUUUGUUUUGGUUUGAGAUGCUGGAAGCAGGAUUCUGGGUGACGAAACGGGGGUUUAUUGCCAUGAUAUUGGGAACGCCACACGAGGACCUGGGUGACUUUGUUGAGGCCGUCAAGGUGUUUCUCGAACGCCAUCAGGCCAUCCUAAUUGUUUAGCUGAGGCAUGCAAUUAUCAAUCUGGCGUCAAACCCCUGGGUUUCUAACCACAGUAAUAGUAUUGACUUGGGCGAGUGUA